AUGGUUCACCAAAGCCGUGACCAGACACUGCAGAAUCAGAGAGCUGUUACUACUGUUCUUUACAGGAUUGGCAAACCUGAUGCUUUUCUCUCCAGGCUGGUGAGUAAUGUUUCACUACUGAUGGACAAAAAAGAUAGAGAGAGACAAAUAGGUUGGAUUGAUCCCAGAGAAAUCAACUUUAGAUGUACAUGGUACUACAGAUACUUAGGUUCACUCACUACUCCUCCUUGUACUGAAGGUGUUAUCUGGACCAUUAACACAAAGAUAAAGACUGUUUCCAGGAGACAGAUUAAACUGCUUAGAGAAGCUGUUCAUAAUUAUGCUAAGUGUAAUGCAAGACCAUUGCAGCCGCUAAAUGACAUGAUCUAG